AGACAACACAAUGUCCAUGUUGCGUCUCGCUGCCCAGAGAACCGUUGCAAGCAGGGCAAUCUGCUCCUCCACCAGAGCUGUUCGCCCGCUCUCCCUCCUUGCACGCGGCCGUUCCACCGCCUGGAAUGCCUCUACCCGCACUUUUGCUCCAGUGCCUCUCAACGCCACUUUCCGUCGCGGCUAUGCUGACGCCUCCAAGUUCUCCCGUGCCAAGCCGCACAUGAACAUUGGUACCAUUGGUCACGUCGACCACGGCAAAACCACUCUCACUGCUGCCAUCACAAAGGUUCUCUCCGACUCUGGCGAUGCUCAGUUCACCGAUUACUCUCAAAUCGACAAGGCGCCAGAGGAGAAAGCCCGUGGCAUCACUAUCAAUUCCGCCCACGUCGAAUACGAGAGUGGUUCCCGCCACUAUGGUCACAUUGACUGCCCAGGACAUGCUGAUUAUAUCAAGAACAUGAUUACUGGUGCUGCUCAGAUGGAUGGCGCAAUCAUUGUUGUCUCCGCUACCGAUGGCCAAAUGCCUCAGACUCGCGAACAUCUCCUUCUCGCCCGUCAAGUCGGUAUCAAGAAGCUGGUCGUCUUCAUCAACAAGGUCGACAUGGUUCAGGACCCUGAAGUUCUCGAGCUCGUCGACAUGGAAAUGCGCGACCUUCUCUCGACCUACAACUUUGAUGGUGAAAAUACACCCAUUAUCAUGGGCUCGGCUUUGGCCGCUCUGGAGGGUCGCGACGACGAAGUUGGUGCGACGAAAAUCAGGGAGCUGGUCCAAGCUUGCGAUGAAUGGCUUGAUGUUCCUGCCCGCGACCUCGAUAAGCCAUUCCUCAUGCCUGUUGAGGACGUUUUCUCCAUCUCGGGUCGUGGUACCGUUUCGACCGGUCGUGUCGAGCGCGGUAUCGCCAACAAGGGCGAUGAAGUCGAGAUCGUUGGUCUUGGCGCGUCGUUCAAGACCACUUUGACCGGAAUUGAGAUGUUCCACAAAGAACUCGACAGAGGUGAAGCCGGUGACAACAUGGGGUGUUUGCUCCGUGGUGUCAAGCGGGAGCAAAUCAAGCGUGGUCAGGUGUUGAUUGCCCCCGGCUCGAUGAAGGCUGUCAAGAAGUUCCAGGCCCAGAUUUACGUCUUGACCAAGGAUGAGGGUGGUCGUUACACUCCCUUCAUGUCCAACUAUCGCCCUCAGCUCUUCCUGCGGACUGCGGAUAUUACCACAUCGUUGAGCUUCCCUGAGGGCACGCCUGAUGCUGAAGAGCGGAUGGUGAUGCCUGGAGACAACGUGGAGAUGGUUUGCGACCUCGUUCACGAUGUUGCAGCUGAGGAGGGUUCUCGCUUUACCCUUCGCGAGGGUGGCAAAACCAUUGGUACCGGCAUUGUGACGAAGGUUCUCGAGCACGCAUAAGACUAGACUAGCACUUACUUACAUCUAUACUUGUUACAUAAUACUCUGCAUCGCAUAUUCAUGUCCUCUUCUCAGC